AGUCCGCGGUUGCGACGCGAUACAGUGGUGGGGGCGUCUUGCGGUUGGUUGGCGCGGUGGUUUCGGAAAUUUUGAGGUUAAAGUGAACGCCUGGCGUGGAUCGGGUUUCCGGUCGACUUGCCGCUUUAUAAGGACGACGUAACAUCGACACGGCAGACGCGUCUCGUCGUCGGUCGUAAACGGGCGCGUCACGGCUUAUGUGAAUUCAGCGUUCGCACGCACGCACGUACGUACGGCAGAGUGGACUCGAUGUCGGUAAUAUGUCGGUUGCGAACAACAUUGAGACGACGCGGGUGCACAGAUUGGCCUGUCCGGCCGUUUGACGAAUAUUUAUGAAUACACGGGAUGAUCUGAGACGGCGGCGUCCAACGGUACAACAUGGUGAAAGAGAAGGCGAAUUCGACCCGCAUCUACGAUUCGGAAGGCUACAGACGCAGAGCUGCUUGCAUCUGCGUGAAGAACGAUCUGGAGGACGAGGUACUAUUAGUUACAUCCAGUCGGAAACCUGACAGUUGGAUAGUACCGGGUGGUGGUGUCGAACCGGAGGAAGAACCAGCGGUCACGGCUCUUCGUGAAGUUCGAGAGGAGGCUGGUGUUUUAGGACAAUUAGGCCGUUGCCUCGGCACAUUUGAGGUUAUAACUCGUGAUAAUGUGGAACACAAGCACAGGACACAAGUGUGGGUUAUGCAAGUGACUGAAGAACUACCAGAGUGGGAGGACUCACGCGCUAUCGGUCGGAAGCGAAAGUGGUUUACCAUACAGGAGGCCCUGCUCCAACUCGGUCAGCACAAGCCCGUCCAGCGCUCUUACCUGCAUAGUCUCCACAAUACUAAUCCUCGACAUAAUUCUACCACUUCACCACUGUCCCAUCAUUCGCACUCUACGAUGGCAUCUAUUGAAUUAGUGAAUAAUUCUAGUAACAAUCCUCAUUCGGAUAAACACAGCUAAUAUCAUCGUGAGUCAUCUAUAUUUCUAUCAAAAACAUGGUCGCCAUUCUUGGAGCAGUUUGUUGUUACUCCUCCUUUCUUCCCCUAAGGGAAUUAUGAUAAUAUUUACUGCUACAAUUUUAUAUAUAAAUUAAUAUUACUUAUACUUAUCUUUAUUACAUAAUAUCCAUUACAUAUUAGUUAUAAUUUAAUUAUGUUUAUUCUCAUAUAGAUUAUUGAUAAAGCAGUUCAUAAAAGAGGUAUUUUUUGUAAUGUAGCCUUUCAUUUCUAACGUGACUUUUAAUGAAAUAUGUCGGACGAGAGAUAAAUUGUUUAAUUUUAUUAUUUAAUGUUUGUGUCUAAUAUACAUAGAAUGUCAUCUUUUUUCACAUGUUCUGCUUAGUUAUGACAAUUACCACCAUAACUUUUUCUACAUUUUCUAGAAAGAAAGGAAAAGUUAUAUAAUGGUUAGCAUUACAAGCAGCAGUCUGCAUGUAUCUUAUAGAUUAAAUUCUUGAAUAAAUUUUGCAAUAAUUGA